AUGGCUAUCAGCCGGGUACCUCCAGGGGCGGAGGUGAUUGGGGAGGAUUCGCCCAAAGACAGCCCCAGAAAGAGAGUCGUUGUCGUCGGAUUGGGGAUGGUUGGAAUAGCCUUCGUAGAAAAACUGUUGAAGCUAGACGCCAAAAGGAGGGAGUACGAUGUCGUGGUCAUUGGCGAGGAGCCACACCUGGCAUACAACCGGGUGGGUUUGACCAGUUUCUUCCAGCACAGACAGGUCGAGUCUCUCUAUCUCAAUCCGGAAUCAUGGUACAAGGGGCAUCCGCCUGGCUCGUUCAGCUACCACCUCAACACUCGGGUCACCGAGAUCAAACCACAGGAAAAAGUGGUCACGACCUCACAAGGAGAUACCGUCCCUUACGAUGUGCUCGUCCUUGCCACUGGCUCUGAUGCUCUUGUCCCGAAGCACACACCAGGACAUGACGCCAAGGGUGUCUUCGUCUACCGGACUAUUGAAGAUUUGCAGAAGUUGAUCGACUUCUCUGCCACGGUGAAAGGAACGACGGGAUGUGUGGUUGGUGGAGGCCUUCUGGGCCUCGAGGCAGCCAAGGCGAUGAUGGACCUGGAAGAAUUCAACCAAGUCAAGCUCAUCGAAAGAAAUCGAUGGGUUCUGUCGCGACAGCUGGAUGCCGAUGCUGGCGGCAUGGUUGUUGAACUGGUUCGCAAGCUUGGCUUGGAUGUUAUGCUGAGCAAACGGGUGGGCAAGAUCCUGACCGAUGACAACAACGCUGUCAAGGGCAUCGUGUUCGAGGACGGUGAGGAGAUGGAGUGCUCUUGCAUCAUGUUCGCGAUCGGCAUCAGAGCCCGGGACGAUCUGGCGCGAAACGCUGGACUAAAAUGUGCUGAUCGAGGCGGCGGCAUCAUCAUUGACGAUUCCUUGCGAACGAGCGACCCAAACAUCUAUGCCAUCGGAGAAUGCGCUAGCUGGGAAAACCAGACAUUCGGUCUCAUCGCACCUGGGGUUGAGCAAGCCGAUGUCCUAUCCUUCAACCUCACACAAGCCAAGGUGCACAGUCCUAGGACCUUCAAAAGGCCGGACCUGAGCACCAAGCUGAAACUGCUCGGUGUGGAAGUGGCCAGUUUUGGUGACUUCUUCGCUGACCGAGAUGGGCCGAAGGACCUGCCAAAGCGACACGUCAAACGUGAAGAAAAGAAAGAUCCUGUCGGCCAGGAUAAGGUCAAGACCCUCACGAACGGUCCGCCACCCCCAGCAGUCAAAGCGCUGACUUAUCGGGACCCCUUCCAAUCCGUCUACAAGAAAUACCUGUUCACUAUGGACGGCAAGUAUUUGCUCGGUGGCAUGAUGAUUGGUGACACCAGAGACUAUGUCAAAUUGGUUCCCAUGGUCAAGAACAAGAAAGCCUUGGACGUCCCACCCUCGCAGUUCAUCAUCGGCGCGUCGAAAGAGGGCGAUGAAGAUGCCGACGAUCUAACCGAUGACACCCAGAUCUGCUCCUGUCACAAUGUCACCAAAGGGGACGUAGUUGGAGUGGUCAAGGACGGCUCCUGCAAGUCGAUCGGAGAGGUCAAGUCUUGCACCAAAGCCGGGACGGGUUGCGGCGGUUGCAUGCCUCUUGUCCAAUCCAUCUUCAACAAGACGAUGAAAGAGAUGGGCAAUGAAGUCUUGAACCAUCUGUGUCCUCAUUUCUCUUACUCCCGGGGAGAUCUCUACAACAUCAUCUACGUCAAGAAGUUGAAAGAUUUUGGGGAGGUCAUGCGGGAAGUUGGCAACAACCCCGAUAGCCUGGGAUGCGAAGUUUGCAAACCAGCUGUCGGAUCCAUCCUGAGCGGCAUGUUCAACAGGCAUGUGAUGGACAAGAAAAUGCACGGACUACAGGAUACCAACGAUCGCUAUCUUGGAAACAUCCAACGGAACGGCACCUUCUCUGUCAUCCCGCGGGUGGCUGGAGGAGAGAUCAGCCCCGACAAGCUGAUUGUGAUCGGCCAAGUCGCCAAAAAGUAUGGGCUCUACACCAAGAUCACCGGCGGCCAACGGAUUGACAUGUUCGGGGCCAAGAAGCAAGAUCUGUUGGACAUCUGGUCCGAACUGGUGGCGGGAGGUAUGGAGUCGGGUCACGCCUAUGCCAAAUCCCUCCGAACCGUCAAAUCGUGCGUGGGUACGACCUGGUGUCGAUUCGGGAUCGGUGACUCGGUCGGUAUGGCUGUCAGGCUGGAGGAGAGAUACAAAUCGAUCCGGAGCCCCCACAAGAUCAAGGGAGGAGUGUCCGGGUGCGUUCGCGAGUGCGCCGAAGCGCAAAACAAGGACUUUGGCCUGAUCGCCACCGAGAAGGGCUUCAACGUUUUCGUGGGCGGCAAUGGCGGAGCCACACCGAGGCACUCCGAGUUGCUGGCCAAGGAUGUUCCUCCCGACGAUGUGAUCCCCAUCCUCGACCGCUAUCUCAUGUUCUACAUCAGGACAGCAGACAAGCUCCAGAGGACGGCAAGGUGGAUUGAACAACUACCAGGCGGCAUUCAAUAUCUUCGACAAGUGAUACUGGAAGACAAGCUCGGCAUCUGCGCCGAAUUGGAGAGACAGAUGCAGGAACUGGUGGGCACGUUCUUCUGCGAAUGGACCGAGACUCUGAAUGAUCCGGAGAAACGCAAGGCUUUCCAGCAAUUUGCCAAUUCUGCGGAGAACCGGGAACCGGCCGUCGAGAAGGUCGAAGAGCGAGGCCAAUCCCGACCGGCAUACUGGCCCAAGGAGUCCGUGCAUGAGGAUUUCAAAGGGACCAGAUGGACCAGUCUAACGUGGCAACCCAUGGUCGAGGCAAAGAAGUUCGCCGAUGUCGAGACUGGGUCUUCACAAACAGUCCUCCGUGGGGAUACGCAACUGGCCAUCUUCAAGCUGAAGGGUAAAUACUAUGCCAGCCAACAGAUGUGUCCCCAUCGGAGGACAUUUGGGCUGUCCGACGGGUUGGUGGGCGAGAACACCGCACCAGACUGCAAGGAGAGCAAACUCUACGUCAGUUGUCCAUACCAUAAGCGAAACUUCCAGCUCAACGGUGAGGUCAACUUCGACAAGGAGGAUGUCGGGGCCGGAUCUUGCUCCAACGACACAAGCAUGUCCAUCGCGACCUUCGAGGCCGAGGACCGCGACGAUGGUUGGGUCUAUCUCAAGCUGCCGCCGGUCCAAGAGCUGGACAAUGUGCUUGGAACCAGCAAAUACGUUGUGAAGCAGGCAGAGGAACCGAACCCGUUUGCCAGUCUGGACAAGAAAUUGGGACUCAACAAGGGGCUGCGACCGACGAAGACGAUUGGUGCAAUGCCAGGAACAGGCAACGUGACUGCAACACGGGCGGUGGGUGUAGCAGCGCAGAGAAGGAUUGACUGGUGA